CUUUAAGGUAAUGUAUAAGCAUUGUAUAAAAUCCGCGAAUGUUCCAGGCGAUCAAAAUAAUUUAUCGUGUCAUCAUAAUUGUUCUUUAAACAGUGUCAAAAUUCUAAUUUGAAAUCAGACAAUUAAGGAGCAAUCAUACAUAGAUCCAUGUCGUAACAACAUCAAACGAAUAAUAUUAAGUCCUCCCACACUAAUGAGCAAGAAUUCGUGGUUUAUAUAUAAUCCACCUAACAUAAUCUUGUUAAUUCAAGCAUUCGGCCACGUGCAGGUAUCCUGCUUGGUUAAAUUAUUAUUCCCCCGUUAUUGGAGAUUUUUCUCUGUGUGGUCAUUCCAGCCAUUGUGUAUAAUUUAUAAUUAGUUUAUAUCUUUAAUAAUAGCAAACUUGUAAAAAAAUAACCACAACAGUGAUCAAGUUAACCAGGACUGUGAUAAAAUUAACCUCGAGAAAUUUUGCCAGGAAUAUUUAGUUACUCCAAACAGUGUUAAUUUUGGAUUAACCAGGAGAUGUUUAACCAAGGUGUUUUUGAGUGUUUACCAGGGGUGGAUCCAGCAAGGUUUUUCUAGGGGGGUGCUGGGUGAGCCGCCGAGUGUUUCUUUAUAAUUCUUUUGGGGGUGGUGGAGAGCCGAGAGCAUUCAAAUGAAUUGUCUUCCUAACUGCUCGAGCACCGAAGGCGCGAGCUCCCUAGGGGUCCGGGGGUAUGCUCACAGAAAAUUUUGAAAAUUAGAACCCUAGAAAUGCCAUUUGCUGCGAUAUGGGCAUUGAAUUAUGAGCUUCAGUUUCACUUCAAAAAAGGAAAAAUCUUGGAAAUUAUGCCAUAUUUCUGAAUUUGAUUUUUUGCCCCCCCCCCCUUGCACCACUGUUGACCAAGGCCAACAGGGGUGCGCACCCCUGUGCACACCCCCCCCCUAUACAUGUAAAUCCACCCCUGGUGAAAACAGUAUGAUACACAUAAAAUCGUGUGCAUUUAACGCUGUAUGUUCAUCAGAAAAUGACUCGUUUCCAAACUUUGAGUUAUUUAUUAAACUAUUAAUUUCCUCUCUCCGUGCAUGUUCGAGACGUUUUUAUAAACACUCCAUCUUUUCUUGUAAAUUUCACAGGUUGGACAAGGUUAUCCUCAUGAUGCUCCAAAAGUAAAAUGUGAAACAAAGGUAUUUUUCAUUUCGUCUGCGUACAGUAUAUACCUAUAUUUGCAUUGAGAUAUGUUUAGAAUCCCGGGGAAAAUGUGGAUUACCAGGGUGUUAACCGGAAGAUAAAAUGCUCGGCAGUUUACACCCGUUUUCAAAAUGACGCGAUCAGACCGAAGUUUUAUGUCACGCGACGUAAAAAAGACAUUUUAUUCCGUAUUUGACCGUAUUUAGACCAAAAUGAGCUAGAUAUACAAACUAAAAGAAACACCAGACCAUCACAACAGCAUCUAGGAUAACUGAAUUUAAAGUUCGAAAAAGAAUAAUUGAACCUCGAAUUUAACUGUGUAUUAAAACUCGCUAGAUUAUAGCGGUAAUGACCGUAAUGUUAUGAUUUUGUUGUGCUAAAAUGUUGCAAUAAUUAUCACUAAAAUAUCUUGAAAAUCUUUAUAUAAAAAAAUUUAGAAGGAUUUUCAAGAUAUUUUAGUGAUAAUUAUUGCAUAUAUCAGGGUUUUGGGGCAUCUCGCUCGAUUGAACUGAUGAUGAAGGAUUUUGUUGAUGAAAAUUUUGAGUGUGGAUUUUAUACAUUAAUUUAGACCUAACCAGGAGCAGUUACGAAAAAUGCGACUAUUGCCUCUCUGCAGGAAUUGAACCUGCGGCCCUGCGAGACAUAUAAUACGAGAGUAUUGGAGCUCGACAACUGUCUCUCUGUAGAUCAGUUGGUUAGAGCUCGACAACUGUCUCUCUGUAGAUCAGUUGGUUAGAGCUCGACAACUGUCUCUCUGUAGAUCAGCUGGUUGGAGCUCGACAACUGUCUCUCUGUAGAUCAGUUGGUUAGAGCUCGACAACUGUCUCUCUGUAGAUCAGUUGGUUAGAGCUCGACAACUGUCUCUCUGUAGUUCAGUUGGUUAGAGCUCGAAAACUGUCUCUCUGUAGAUCAGUUGGUUAGAGCUCGACAACUGUCUCUCUGUAGAUCAGUUGGUUAGAGCUCGACAACUGUCUCUCUGUAGAUCAGUUGGUUAGAGCUCGACAACUGUCUCUCUGUAGAUCAGUUGGUUAGAGCUCGACAACUGUCUCUCUGUAGAUCAGUUGGUUAGAGCUUGACAACUGUCUCUCUGUAGAUCAGUUGGUUAGAGCUUGACAACUGUCUCUCUGUAGAUCAGUUGGUUAGAGCUCGACAACUGUCUCUCUGUAGAUCAGUUGGUUAGAGCUUGACAACUGUCUCUCUGUAGAUCAGUUGGUUAGAGCGAUGCACCGGAAUUGCUGCAACUGUCUCUCUGUAGAUCAGUUGGUUAGAGCGAUGCACCGGAAUUGCUGGGCUGCAGGUGCGAUUCUUGCCAUAGGGCGAAUAGUUUUCGCAACUGGUCCCGGUUAGGUCUAAUAAAUGUAUAAAAUUCACACUCGAGAUUCCCUUCUACAAAGUAUAUAUACAACGAUAACGGUAACUUCAUGACCGUGUUACAGAAAACUGACAUGUACAAACCAAAAUCCAUACAUUAGUUUUGGCUAUUUUCGGCCUGGUCGGGUAAUUUUGAAAACGGGUGUAACGAAGUUGGGAAAUUCAGUUAGCUUGCGAUGUUCACACCAGAGUUAAGAAGUAUCCCCUAUUAUACCGUACGAGACAUGUCUGAAAUCUACAUAUGGUCUGAAUGUCGCGUCUCUUAAGUGGCAUUCUCGUGGCCUAGUAUGCACUGAUUGCCUGAGAUAUGUUGGGCGCUGAUUGGCUGAGUUAUGUUCAUUGAAACGUUUGAAGUGAAAACCGCGGUCAAACGUCCGUAUAUUGACUCCAUCACAGUACUUGAAAGACUGGAAUAGUAUUGUCUUCAAGAUAGUACUGUGCCUCGGAGGGGCGGAGCUGCGGUGUUUUUUGGUCAGCCGAAGCCAGUUUCACCCAGCUCUGGCUGGAAAGUCAGUAUGACAAGAAAUGUGACAAUUUCGAAGAUUAUGUUAGGCUCCCGUCCCCCAAACGCUCAGUUUUCAACUCGCUCCGUUUAGAAGCCGUGGUCGUAUUGUUACGGCAAAAGUGACUCAAACAAUCUCGGUUUGAUACGCGACGGCUACUUAAUUGUGACUUUUCUGUGCCGUUUUCAAACCGCUCCGGCGUAACGUGAACGUAGUCUAAUAGACCUUAAAGUCUGCCUUGUGACGUAGUUUGCGGAUAAAUACGAUCAUUUGGCCAAUCAGGCAAGCCAAAUGGCUGUGCGGGGUUUUCUUUUAUGCGCAAACUACGUCACAAGGCAGUUUUUUAAAAAGCUCUAUUGUAUGCAUGCAAGACUACAGACUAGUGCCCGUCAACGGGCGCACUCUAAAACAUAAUCAAAGCUUGCUGAGCACCUCCACCCUACCAGAUCUUGUCUUGGAUCUAUUCCAGUGUUUUUGUUUCUUUUAUUUAGGUUUAUCAUCCCAAUAUUGAUCUUGAAGGAAACAUUUGCUUAAACAUUUUGAGGUAUCUUUGUUCUCUAGUAAUGUAUUGUAGCAACUCACUUUUAGAAUAGCAUUCACUAGAAAAUCUGCACCCUCUUCCAGACUGACCUGCAUGCAGGUUCUGCCUGAUAAAAUUCGAACAUCGUUAGGUGUAUCCAUUUUCUGGAUAAACAUGUUCCCACUUCAUACAGCCAAAGGGAGGUGCAUGGGCGGGUGGCAUUUUGCCCCCGCACCACCAGCUUAAAGAGGCUCCCAAAGCGAUGAAGACCGUUAAAAUUUCUUGAUGGAAGAUUGCUGAACGGAUAAUAUACAUGCAGUAAAUCCGUGCUGGCGAGUCUCGUGCGAAAAAGCAGUUUUGUAGGCAACAAGGCUACAAUUCACGGAAAAAGUUGUUGGUCAACUUUUCAGACAGUUUUAAUCAAUUCUCAACAGCAUUUCAUACAAAGGAAUAUUAGGAAAUCUCUUUGCAGGUCAAUAUAGAAAUUUGCGUGUCAAAACUAUAGCAUUAUUAAGAACUUUAUUAGCAUGACCUUAACUAAUUACAGGUAUUGCUAAAGUAUAUUACAUAGUAAAGAUUAUAAGAGUAACAAUUAAUAACAUAAACAAAUUAUGACUACGGAGUAGUUCAUAUACCUAAUAGUUUGUUUUCGUGAAUAGAUAAUUGAGUAACACCACAUGCUAUGGGCUUUGUAUCUUAAGGCAUUUGUCUCUGACCUUAAAACAUUUUGCAAUAAAAUUUGAAAAUAGAUUUGUUAAUACUGGGUCUGUGUUUGAAAUUAUAUGUGUCAACAAAUCAGCAUAGCCUACAAUUUUUGAAAAUAAUCAGAAAAAAUGUUUAAUUUGCAUCCUGUGCAGUAAAGCGUAAUGUAUUUUAAAACACCGCUUCUUCUGUUCUGUUUUACAAUUUUGACGUCAGAAGGGCCCCUGGGGAAGGUUUGCCCGGAACCCCUCCCUGCAUACAGCAAGGCUGAAGUCUUGAUCUCGCGGUAUUCCGCGUUUGUAUAGCAGGAGAAAAAUGUGGUUUGUCUCAAUUUAUAGCAACAGUAUACGUAUUGAAGAUCACUUUGUCAAUUUUGCACUUGAGUUGCUGUUCGCUUGCUUAAUAUUUUGUUUUGCUGCACCAAUUUUAACUUUGCAACACGGAAGAUUGUCACCAGUAAUAAUGCAUAACAUAUACAAAUAGUGAAUGACUUGUUUAGUAUAGGUAAUAGCAUGGUAAUUUGUAAGGAAACAGGAACAUUUUACAAACACUUGGGGCCGGUCGUAGCCUACGAAGGUCGGAUAUAGCGCUAUCCACCGGACAGUGAUUCUUUCAACCUUUGUAAAAUGCUUGAAAAACUGUGAAACUACGGAUAUAGACGACACAAGAAGUAUAUAAAAACAUUUAGCUUAUAAAUACUAAACUUUAUGUAUAGGUAAUAGCAUGGUUUCGAGUGCAAUUUGGAUAUAACAUGCACUCGUGAGUUUUUCAAUGACCGCAGGAAGUUUCCUAUCCAGUUAUUUUACAAUCCAUGAUUACAGUAACGCAUGCGGCAAAAAUAGUACAGCCAAUCAUCAAUUCCCCUCCGCUGGUGGACGGGAAUUUCAAAUACAUAGCCAAACUCAACAGACGGUCUGUCGCCCCCUUCUCCUCGCCCGCGUUUUGGGUGUCCCGCGGCGGACUGAGUAUCUGCCACGCGGGCUGGGUUAUCACAAACUCGUCAGUUUGUUUUCUCCGCCAGUUUCUUACAUAUCAAACACAUUUAUUCUACUUGCGUUUCAGGGAAGACUGGAAGCCAGUGUUAACGAUUAACUCCAUCAUUUAUGGUCUCCAAUAUCUCUUUUUGGUACAGUAAUAUACUGCAUUUUAAUAUAGAAACAAGCAAUUAUAUUCAAAUCUGCGUGCGAUAAUUUGCGUGCUUACGUACCAGAGUUACCCAAAUAUUAGACCUGGGACUAUCGGUGGAUCCUGGGAACAUCGUUCCAAGAAAAUGUUUUGGUUUCCAAGAAAGAAUUUUCAAUUUUGUUUUGCUGAAAGUUUUGGACUGUUACCAAUAGGAUAUGCAAAGAAACUAAACCAUAGGAAUUACGUCAAUGUAUUUGACUUAAAAAAAUACAAUUAUAUAUGCGUACACCCUGGUCGAAAGCUAAAUCACAAAAGAUUAUCCUGUUCAAUCAAUCAUUUCAAUGGAUUUUGUUAACUGUAAUGCACAGCUAAUGCCUAACAGCUAUAUUAACGAAUGUUUAAGUCCUGUUAAAUGUAAUUUGAGCACCAUGUUUCAAACAAAUUAUUUGCCGUACGAGGAUCCAUGAAAGGCCUGAACUACAGUGGAACCCCGUUAAUACGGUCACCAGCGGGCCGAAAUAAUAUGGCCGUAUUAGCGCAGUGGCCGUAUUAACGGGGUGAGAUCAAAUUUCAAUUGUGACGUCAUUAAAGCUAUGUUUAUUCGAAAAUCACAAUAACACCAUACUCCACCAUAAUACCAAUUCAUAACUAAACAUUAUAAAGUUCAGAUAAAGUUUUCACUAAUUUUAAAGAAACAAUGUUAGGGAUUACAACGUCGCUAAAAAACAUUGUAUUCUUUCUUUUCCUUUGCGCGACUGAUAAUAAAAAUGAUGCAACUUGAAUUGUGUGUUUCACUGCACAAGGUGUCUUAAAUUAAACUGCAUUUCCGUCCGUAAACACAUUUAUUUUUUUGAGUGACCGGGUGAUUUCUUUAGUUCGCCCGCUUCGGGACUCUACAAUAUGGCCGUUGGCCGUAUUAACGGGGUGGCCGUAUUAACCGGGUAACUUUAUUAUAAAAUGUAUUAGUGUUUCGCCGGGACAAAAUAAAGUGACCGUUUAGUGUUUCGCCGGGACAAAAUAAAGUGACCGUAUUAUCGAGGUGACCGUAUUAACGGGGUGGCCGUAAGGCGGGGUUCCACUGUAUUUCCAGGUCUGCUAAAUGUUUAGUAACUAUGCCUUCGUUUUCAGUCAAGUACCACAUAUAGGUACGCAGUACUUUCGCUUUCUGCGCAUUGACAUUUUGUUAGUGUGAUAUAACCAGCCAGCUUUUCCGAGUUAUUCAAACCGUAGUUGACAGAUUUAGCUUGCAUGACAAUUAGUUGCAAAUUAGCAGUUCAAGUCAGGUGUCAUAACAGAUUUCUUGUUUAGCUAUAGUGUGCAAACAGCCUGUAAUGGCUGCGAUAUUGAAUGACCAAUUUACAUCUAAUUGUCAUGUAUGCAAGCCAAAUUUGUCUAUUAGAGAGGUAUGCGUGUAAAUCCGACAUAUCUUGGGAUCAAGUUGUACAGUAUGUAUUUGUAUAUGCAAUUGCGCUCCUUUUGUUCUAACUCGUAGUUUUAGGUUACUGUAUGACAAUCUUUAUUUACUGUAUCUUAAGGAUUAGUGUCACACCAUGGCAUCGCGGGCCUUUGUUAUUGUUUUUAUCUUAUCCAAAAUCAACAAAUAGCGAUAAAAAUACUUUGUUUGAAGAAGAAUCAGAUGUAAGAAGUAUGAACAAAUGAUCGUUUAAUAGUACGGCUGAUUACAAAAAACUUUUUCAGAUCUAUUGAUCUACAGUAAUUUGAACGCGAAAUUCUAUCAUGGCGCUGUCCUAAUCCUUUAAAGACUAUCCUCAUUACAUGAAAUGUUUUUUUAGAUGGAUAUUUCGAGUGUAAUUUUUAUACAUUUAUUAGUCCUAACCAGGAGCAGAUGCGAAAAAUGCAAUGGGCGACUCCAUGCAGCUAUAGACUAAAUUUUGAUCUAGGCAAGAAGAACAAAAUCCAUCACCACAGCUAGGAAGAGCAUGUUAAAACUAGUAAAACUGCAAAGUUUGGUUGCGAAAUGUUGUAAAAUGUGGAAAAUAUAGCCCUGCGAAAUUUGCAAACUUUGUAUUAAUUUGUAUUACGCACGCGGGAAAAUGCAUCACAUUUAGACCGAAAGUGGUCCAAGUUCCCGUGCGUAAUACAAAUCAAUACAAAAUUUUCAAAUUUCGUAGGGCUAUUAUUUUCCACAUUUUACAACAUUUCGCAACCAAACUUUGCAGUUUUACUAGUUUUAACAUGCUCUUCCUAGCUGUGGUGAUGGAUUUUGUUCUUCUUGCCUAGAUCAAAAUUUAGUCUAUAGCUGGAAUUGCCCAUUGUAUAUAAUUAUGCACUCUGUAGCUCAGUAACUUAGAGCGCUGCACCAGAAUCGCAGGACCGCGAGUUUGUUUCCUGCCAGAGUUGCACUUUUCCGCAACUACUCCUGGUUAGAUCUAAUAAAUGCAUAAAAUUUACACUCGAAAUUUUGGCUCGUCCUUGGCCGUAUUAACUAAAUUCCAUUCAACUCGAAAUUUCCAUCUACAAAACCAUUCUACAAUUAUGUUUGUGAUGUUACUCUGAGUGUGCAUCCACACCGGGCAAGCUGAAAAGUUAGUUGCGGGUUCGAUUCCCACCGUGGCGAAGCUAACUUUUCAGCUUGCCCGGUGUUGAUGCACACUCAGAGUAACAUCACAAACAUCAUAUUCACCUGAGUACAUAACACCAACACACACAAAAAAUAAUCAUUCUACAAUUAGUUCUAUCGAGUGAGAAGUCCUGAUAGCCAAAUUUGUCUGCUCGACGACAGUAAUUCUACAAUAUGCUCACUUGCUUUGUUCUUUUUCACAGGAACCUAACCCAGAUGAUCCUCUUAAUAAAGGUAUAGUCAAUAAUGUGUUUUGAUCAUUGUUAGACCCGGAUCGAGGCGAAUCCCGUGAACUAUUGCCCGAAGUGAUGAUAUUUCCCGCGAGAGCAAAGCGCCAAGGGUAGUAUUUCGAGGGUAAUAUUUCGCCGUAUCCCCCGAGCGGUCUAUGACUUGUAUAUUACACGAGCGGUCUAUGACUAAGUGACAUUAGUGACUUAUAAAUUAACUAUUUGAGUAUAAUGUUUUAUUUUUCUAUUCACACGAGCUUUUGUCGCUUUUCUUUUAAAUUAUUCGCUGCAUGAGGUGGAAAAUGUUUUCUCCUUUCUGGAAAUCUGGGUUUAUGGCUCCGAAUUUUCUGGAAAAGAUUGCAAUAAAUAGGGAAAAUAACAAAAUUGUCAUUUGUGGUGUUGUCGUGUGAAGCAAUAUAUAUGAUUUAUUACUGAUAAACAUAUUGUGAGAUAAAUCCUAUAAAGUAAUCGUAGUUGUUAAGUCUUACAUUAUUAAAAAACAAAUUUCCUACUGCAGGCUAUAUGAAUAUUUUUUAUGAAACUAUUCCACCUACUGUAAUUUAGGUACAAUCAUUCCAGUAGUCAGGUAAUUAGCAAUUUCGAUAUUCAAUCAGUCUAAUUUUCAGAAUUAGCUAUCAAACAUAAAAAAUGUCCGUGAAAAUUUCUGCAAAAACGUGGAUCCUAAAACAUUUCUAGGAACUGGGUUACCAGUUUCCGAUACUUUUUCCGCUUCUAAUUAUUUGAUUAUUGCACUACAUAAUAAUAUUCGUGAAAAAAAUCAGUACAUUUUUUUCGAAAUACAGUACCAAAAAGUGAAUACAGUUACAGUGCAGACAAAUGAAAUACAGUGCAAACAGUGAAAAUAAUACAAAAACCCAAACAUUACGAGUGAGAAAAUUUUCUAAUAAAAUUGUUUCUAUUAAAGUUAUCUAUUUCGCAUGUGACUUACGCAUGGACAUGACUGCAUAAUUUUUUCAAGUAUAUUUUUAAUAAGUAAGAGUAAAUACGGUUUCUCGUGGAAUUUGGAAAAACAUACACUCGUGAGCAGUUAAAUCAUCAUUCAUUUCUUCAGAAAUUGAUUGUUUUCACUGUCUAUGAACACGGAAAUAUUUGCAUAGCAUGACCAAAUUGUCGGGCUGGCUCGCCACUGCUCGUGAGUUUUCAAUGACUUCAAAUUGCACUCGUUAUGUUCAAAUUGCACUCGUCCUUCGGGCUCGUGCAAUUUUCACUCGUUCAUGUUUUUUCCCCAAAUUUCACUCGAAACCUAUACAAAUCUUGAACGAUUUUUUCCUCUCCAUCCUAGACGCUGCAGAAGUGCUUCGAUCAAACAGAAGGUUGUUUGAACAGAAUGUUAAUAAAGCGAUGAGAGGAGGUUAUGUAAACGGUAUAUACUUUGAAAGAUGUCUUGGACGGUAA